GCAAAGAAAUGCAACACAUACUAAAACAACAUUCAGCUAAGAAGCACUCAAGAUAGAGCCCAAGAAAGCGAGCAAUCUCAAGGAAGAACUGUUAACUGUACUAUGCUCACGUGUGUGCUAUUACUCUGAUCUAAACAAUGAAGUUGUGGUUAGUCCUGCUCUUGUUAGGUUUCACCAGCCAUGAACAUGGAGUUUCUGGAAUGUCCAGUGGAAGUGGAAGUGGAAUGGAGAUGGAUUGUAUGCUCUGUCCCAAUUCCACGCAGGUUUCCUCUGAGCCUACCAGUGUGCCAGUAUCUCCGUCGACAAGCCAAAUGUUUUCAGUAAUCGCUGUUUCUACCAAUCUGCUAAUGCUUGCUCCCUCAACCUUUGCUCAAAGUUCGAUUGCGACUUCCACGGUUCAGAGUUUAAGUGUGGUCUCAACUAUUGUACCAGGAGCAUCAGUUGCUGCAACCUCAGGCAUUAUUGUACCAACAUCUAUUAUUGAAACCAUUUCACCGAGCUCCAGCAUUGCAGCAAGUUCAACGAGUAUCGAUGCUACCUCUGCCAUCAUUGUACCGAGCUCCAGCAUUGCAGCAAGUUCAACGAGUAUCGAUGCUACCUCUAGCAUCAGUGUACCAAGCCCCAGCAUUGCAGCAAGUUCAACGAGUAUCGAUGCUACCUCUGCCAUCAUUGUACCGAGCCCCAGCAUUGCAGCAAGUAGUUCAACGAGUAUCGAUGCUACCUCUGCCAUCAUUGUACCAAGCCCCAGCAUUGCAGCAAGUUCAACGAGUACCGAUGCUACCUCUAGCAUCAUUGUACCAAGCCCCAGCAUUGCACCAAGUAUACCAAUUCAACUUAGCGCAACUACUUCGUCCUUCUUUGUACAACUAACUUCAGAGUCAGCAAGCUCCACCAGAGAAGAGAGUGUGUCUACAGCAACUCGUGAAAUGAGCAGCUCAACUUCUCCCGUUAGCUCUCGAGUGAUUACACCAGUCAGUACUGUUGCCCCUUCAGUAACCACAGCUGCCACCCCACUGCCCUCUGUGACACCACCGCCCAUCACCACCUCACCUCCUGCUACUCCGUCAAUUUGGGACCAGAUUCGGGAAUUUUUUACAACGUUAAAUAUUAAUGAGCUGUCUGGAUUCAUCGCUGGAGGGGUGGUGGUGCUGAUCCUGAGUGUGAUAGUGUGUCUGUGCUGCUGCUGUUAUAUCUGCAAACGCGUGAGGAAAAGACGAAAACAGAGAAAGUACAACAUCGAUACCAGUAUGACGGUGACCAAUCAGGGAGUCUCCUCAAUGUAUUCCAACGGGACCACCACUCGUUUAAGACCUCCCCUCAACAGUGACUCCUCUUUCCGAGACACUGCACACUUUGAGCUGAACCAAAACCAGUUUGACGGGUCGGGCGUGGACGCCACUCGCUAUGAACAGCGUACCUGGGAUACACCUCAUGAAAAUGAACGACUCAUCGGAGAUGCCUCAGUGGAGAAUGAUGUUACUAAUGGCACAGGCCCAAGUCAGCCUCAUCGCAGUCAGCUGUCCAUCCCUGGAGACGAUGUGUUCCUAGAGGCCCCCCUACCCGAGCUAACCCCGAUGACUUAUUCCUCACAAAUCUUCAACUCCUCUUCUCUCCAUCAGGGUCUCUCUGUGGACGAUGAUCCCAUGCACGGUGGUGUGCGUAAGCUCUCUCUCAGUGGGGAGUACAUGCAGCGGAUACCAGGGGGAUCCCCCUCACUACGACACCCAACCAGAAUGUUGAAAAGUAUUGAAAGUGAGGAUACAAAAUCGGCUCAAGGCUCUCGUAUUUCCAUGCCCGGUUCCAAAAAUUCGAUGCAAGGCUCGCGUCCAUCCGUAUUCAGUUCCCAAACAUCGUUUAUGCAGAGUGGAUCUCGCUCGCAAAUGUUCAGUUCAGCUCUCUCUAACGAGCCGAUUUCCUCAGGGGCAAACAAACACCGCGAGGACGACACGCUAAGUCUUCCUCUAUCUGGCCGCACUACAAGCCCACUCCUUAGUCUGAAUUCGUCCUUUGAAGCCCCUACACGAGACGAGCCCUCGGGACGUGCCGCCCCGUUCCUCGUAGCGUCACAUAGCCUGGGAGCCAGCGGUAAAGAUUUUGCAAGUAUGACAAGUAUUCCAAAUAUAUUGUCACCAGAAUUGGGUACAGUCAGGGUACCGAUGGACCUUGACCCCAAACCUGAAUCCAAGUCGGAGAGUGUGAGCAGUCGACGUUUGUCUCUAAUUAACCACGAUCUGAGUGCCUUAACUACUAUCAGUGAUGACAAACCGAAAUCAGAGGCAAAGAAAUCAAAAGAACUAAAGGAGGCACCAAAGAAGGAGGAGGAGACUGGAACACCAAAGAAGUUGCGCUCAAGAAUGUCACGAUUGGAGAUGCUCACUUCAUUACGAGCUAGUAUGAGGAAGGCAGCAAAGAAAGUCAGUUUCACUAAAGGCAAAAAACAGAAAGAAAACGUCGUGCUUACUAACGACUCUGCCCUCUCCGACCAGGAGACCACACCCACUAAAGACAACCCCCUUCGUCGUCCCUCUGACAAUUCCGAGCCCUCCCCUGGUGACGUGAGGGGGGCAGGGCGUUCAAGAGCUUACACUGACUUUGCUGCUCAACUGAGUCAACCCAAUCUCUACUAUCCUCCGAUGGCUCCUCACUCGAACUAUCACCAUCCCAACAACUAUCAACAGCUGAGUCAGUCGUAUGGUUUCCCCUAUCCGCCGGUACAAGUGCCAAUUGAUGAUCCGUUUGGGCAUGGCGUUCCUCGACCACCUCCGGAAUUUACGACGCGAUACGCUGGAAUGAUCACACCCGACUACUCGGACCUCACCACCCCUGAUCAUGGUCGCUAUGGUAACCAGGACGGAGUGGUCACACCCGAACAGUACUUGCAACAUGAUGGCUCCACUUCUGACGAGUACCCCCCACACGAUCAGUACCCCCCACACGACCAAUACCCCCCACAGAGCACGAGUUCGAGUGAUGCACGACGAGCAGUUAGUCCGUCAAUAAGCUACACAUCAAACGAAGAACGUAGUACAAGUCCCGAUCACUUUCCCCCGACCUCUGAACCCUACCACCGCUCACGUAGCCCCACCCACCAUGCUCCUGGGAAGCCACUCCCAACCGUCCACGAGCGCUACAAGUUUGACGACAUUCCAAGUCCGGAUAUGUUCCCUCCGUAUAUUGACAGUUUCACAAGCCCCAGCAGGAGACCACCGCCGCCACCUGGAGGAGAUCACCCGGAGUUUUUCAUGGAGGGUGGUGCACACAUGUACCCUCCUCCACCUUUGCUGUACCCUGGGGGCAUGCCCAAUGGCUAUCCUAUUCCCCCACCACGCGGGGAGUAUUUUGACGAUAGGAGACGAAACAGUCUGGAGCAGCACGGCUAUAAUCGUGGCUUGGACCAAAUGGGAACAUUUCACGAGGGGAGAGGCAGUUAUGACCGAACACACGCGGAUCCUUACCACCCACAGCAGGGUAGCUACGAGCAGGCUCCAGGGGAUUUCCCCCACCUACGCCCACAUUACAAUUCCAGGCGAGAGUACGAACAAGCGGAACAUGAUAAACGUCGGUCCGUUAUGUCGGAUGCCUCGGACUUGUCUACUGCGUCUCGUACUAGAGUGUCUUGGAACACAGAGGUUAUUGAGUAUGCGAGGACUCCUUCCGAUGGUUCAGACUUUGACCUUAACCAAUUAUAAUGUGCACAUAAUCAGUAACACUUAUCUAAUCUCAUUAUCUACAACAAUACUUUUGUAAAUAUACUAAUUACAUGUAUAUCACUUGCAAUGUUUUUAACCCUUUUUUUGUAUAAUUUAUAUAAUUAUAAUUUAUAUAUAUUU